AACUCAACCCGCCAAAACAAGGUUUUUCAUUUCCCUCUCGCGCCUCUCUUCUCCUAUAUUAUCUUCCUCAACCCAAAUGCUCCAUUUACCCUCUUAAAACCCACAUUUUCUCUAUCUAAUAUUUAUUCUCUCAUCCACACCCUCCUAUCAUGAUGCGCCAUCACAUUGCCGCCACCCCAUCCACCACAACUCCGACUACCCCAGUAACUCCCAUGCUUGAUCCCGCAAAACGAGGGAAAAAACGAGGGGGUUACAUCUGUGGACGAUGUGGGCUCCCCAAGAAAGGGCAUGUGUGCAGUGGUGUUGGGCCCGCCACCAUCGCAGACAACGUCCCUUCUACUCCGAGGGUGCUUCCGCCUCGUACGCAGAGGGUUUUAUCGUUUGAUGAUGUGGAUGUUGUCGAUUCAUCUGAGAUUGAGGGAGGUGGGAAGUUUGAGGAAUUAGGGAAAGGGGAUGAUGGGUCGUUUGACCCGGAUAAGAUUGUUUCGGGUGGGUUGCCAGCGGGGUAUAUGUGGGCGGUUAUGAAGAGAUUGCCUCCAUCAUCGGUGAUGUUGGCUUCUGGGGUUUGUAAAGGAUGGAGAGAUGUUGCUAAUCAGAUUUGGAAGAAUACAGAGGAGUUGCGGGUUCGGGUUCCGGUUGUUGGAUCGGUUGGGUUUGUUGGGUCGGUGUUGAAGAAGUGUUCUUCGUCUCUUGUUAGGAUCUCUCUCAGAAUGGAGAGUGACGUGGAUUCAACAAUGCUCGCUUGCAUCGCUUUCUCUUGUCCAAAUUUGGAGUCCAUAGAGAUCCUUACGUCAGGAUUAUCAGUCAAUCGGAUAACUGGAGAUGAGCUGGGUCGUUUUGUUGCUGAUAAACGAUCUCUUACGAGUUUUAAGAUGGAUGGGUGCAUUAAUCUUGGAUCAGUUGUCAUUUCUUCAAGCAGUCUUUCUACACUAUGGCUUUCUGAUCUUCAUUCUCUAUCUAAGACGAUUUUCAACUGCCCAAAUAUGAAGGAGGUUUCUUUGAACUUUUCUCAUCAAGAAAAUGAUACAACUGAUAUCACAAACAUGAUGGACAACUUGGGAAAAUUCUGCCCAAAAUUGCAGAAUAUUCAUGUUGCAUCAACGAAAUUGUCUCACGAUACUGUUCUUGCUCUUUCCGCAGCAAAUUUGAGGGGAUUGAGAAUGCUUUCGCUAGUAUUGGGUUCCGGAAUCACUGAUGCUUCUGUUGCUGCCAUUGUUUACAGCUUUUCAAAGUUAGAGCUCCUUGACUUGAGUGGGUCAAGCAUCACUGACAAUGGCAUUGGAAUUAUAUGCAACACAUUCUCCCGAACUCUAUCAAGACUACUACUUGCACUUUGCCCUAAUAUUACUUCAAGUGGUAUUCAAUUUGCCACGGCACAAUUACCUAUUCUUGAGCUAAUGGACUGUGGUAUGUCCAUUUGUGAUCCUGAAAUGGAUGAUAUUUGUGCGGAUGAAAGCAAUGAUUCUAAGAAAAAUAGCAAAGCCCAUCAUGUAUACCAAAAACUUAUUAUCAAGCAUAACAGGUUGACGAAACUUAGCUUAUGGGGUUGUUCUGGUUUAGAUGCUCUAUACUUAAACUGUCCAGAGCUCAAGGACCUAAACCUUACCUCCUGUAGAAAUUUGCAUCCAGAAAGGUUACUUUUUCAGUGUCCCAAUUUAGAAAGCAUUCAUGCUACUGGGUGUGUAGAUUCACUGUGUGAAGUUAUUGAAACUCAGAUGGAUAGCGCUCCACUAGAAAGCCAUUUACUAAGCAAGCGAAUGGCUGACGGCUCUAAGCGAGUUAGAGUUCCUCACAUUAUCGGUCAACAGCCUUCUGAGGAUAGCAAGCAAUUGGAAGUUCGUAAGCGAAGAUGUAUUGUAUUUACAGAAUAAAAGCUUAACUUGUUAUUUAUGUAUAUCAUCGGAAGUACUUUGUAUUUCUAAUUUCAUUCUGGGGUUCCGGUAAUUGUUAUUUCAUUAACAGUCUCCUUUGCUGUUCUUCCAAUUGGAAUCUUGUUUAGGGAAGAGAUUGAGCAUGAGCAAAAUUGAAUGUACUUCUACAAUGUAAUUUGUCGAAAUAAAACAUACUGUAUCUUUAAAUCAAUGGUGAAAUAAGUUUUGUUGUAUGUUGUAUACAUAUCCCACUUCCUUGUUUUAAAUUUCCUUUUGGGAAGAACUAGAAAUGAAUAU